GCUUCUCAUCACACCAAAAUCAUAUCUCCUCCUCCUAUAAACCCUUCUUCUACUCAUCUUUCUCUUUGUUUUUCGGAAACAACGUUAAGAAUGGGAGUUUGGGCGCUUCCAAAGGCGAUCACGAUCAAGUCACAGGACUUCAAAGACAGAGGCCACAUUUACCGCAGGGACAACAAUGGCACCAUAGCCCUCGGAGAAGCGGACGUUUUCAGCACGAAGGCUCGUAUCGAAGUAGAACAUGCCAAGACGGACAGCAAGUACGUUAACCUCCGAUUCUCGUACACCAACCGGUACAUGCACCGCACAUCCGACGGGAGCUGGGCCAUGGCGGCCGUCUCCACCAAACCCCAGGAAGACUUGUCCGACCCUUUCUGCACAUUGUUUGAGCCAAUUAAGGUUGACGGCGACAUCUUCUACUUAAUUCACGCUCAGAGUGGAGGCCGCCUCGUGAUAGACAGUGCAAGCUUCCUCUUCUUCGUCGAGUUCGACUUGACCAGCACCACUCGAGGCUAUCUCUCUGCAGUCGAUUUUGAUUCAUUAGUCCGCCUUCCCGUCCGCGGCAACCUCGCCUUCAUCGGAGAUAACGGGAAAUACCUCAAGGCCUUCACUUGGUUCAACAACUACUUCCAGCUCUCGUCCGACAUCCCCAACGACACCCUUUCGCGCCACCAGGUAUCGGAGGUGGCCGACGGCCAUGUCCGUCUGACAUCUAUCCACUGGAGCGUGCUGUGGAGUCUCGCCACCUCCGGCUGGAUAUUCGGCAACACCACGGAUUUAUCCAACCCCAACACUCUCUUCUGGCCUAUCAAAAUCAAUGCAAACACCAUCGCCCUUCGUGCAGCCGACGGCAAAUUCUGCCAGCGUCGCGUCACCAGCAACCUCGCUAAUGGAAGCAUCGGAACCGAGGACACCUCUCUGACGAAAGAAGCCGAGUUGCAGGUGGAGGAAUUGGUGACGAAGAGUUUGGUGAAUAACGUCAGAUACCAGAGCGAGUACGGGCGCGUAUUCAACGAGAUACCUCACACGGGAUGGUCGUCCACGGUGGUCAACAGCCAGGACGUGGAUGUAACCUUUUCGCUCUCGUUCACGUAUCAGGACACGAAGGAAUACACCUUCGCCCGCAGCUAUACGCUGGAAACAGGGGUGCCCACGGUCUUCGACGCGGCGCUUCCCUUCGUCGGCCCAAACGGCUCCAUCGAUGAGGCGGCUGCUAAGAUAAAUGCGGAGCUGCAGUGGAACGCUGUGAACUCAAUGACCAGGACAGUUACGGGUAAGGGUUCGGUUACGGUGCCGGCGAAGGAAACUCAUGGAUCGUGGCUUGCCAUCUCUACCUUCCCUCGAUCCCCGAUUCUCACUAGGCAAGCCACGAUCCAUGAGUUUCCUUGCUACCGCCUCUAAUAUGGAGUUCUCUGAAUCACAAUGCUCCUCCUCUAAUAUGGAGUCCUCUAAAUCACAAAGUCUCUCGUCGCCGUCUAGUGUGGGCGAAUGCGUGUGAGUAACGACCUCUUUAUAACAUCUGCCCUCAUCUACCUCACUCCGCAAGCGAUGCGGCAGUGUUGGCUGUGGCAAAGGUCGAAAUUUUACAAACCCACGGUCAAGGGGAUCCACCUGUGUUGGUGGUUCAUGUGACGAGUAUUCCUGCUGUUUCGGCGGGUCCCAACAGGUGGGCUGACCGUAAGUCGGCUCCCCGUAGGGUGUGGCUGAUUCCCGCUGCGGCUGCCACCUUCUCGGCGGAUCCCAACAAUUAGGCAGGGGCUGUUCAUAUGCCGAGUACCCACGGAAAGUGCGUUGUUCCUGUGUCUCCCGGCAGGUAGGCUGAAUUGACGCACAUGUGUUUUGUUGUCGUCGGCAGGGUUCCGGCUGAUCAUAGGGGGGAGAUCUCAUUGGGUUCCGGCGACCAGGGUGGUGCGACAUCGGGCGAGCAGGUAGCGGCUCAUAUGCAGCCCGACCGAACUGUCGCCGAUGGCCCGGAAGGUCCCAGGGAGACAGCGAAUAGUAUGGCAGGUCUUGAGCCGGCUGUGGCGGUGGCACCGGCCGCGGACGAGUGCGAAUCUCUCUGCGAGAAUCGUAGCACGCUUGAUAUGUAUACGUUGCUUUAGACACAAGCAUGUUUGUCCUACGCCGUUCGAUUUUGUCACAACGUGUUUCCAACCUGGAGAUAGCGGCAUCCAAUUGAUCGAAUAGUUGUUCAUAAUGCCCCACUUCGGUGUAGUUGCGUAACAUGAUGAUGUUGAACGGCGGCGGUGAAGGUCGACAACCGUGGGAGGUGAUCGAGGAAGGUACUGUGGCUGUAUUUUUUUUUUUUUUUUUUUUGGGUGAUUUGUUUGGGGGAUAUGGAUGAACGAAGAUAUUUGGGGAAUAUGGAUGAACGAAGACGGAGGAUGAGCACGGGAUGAAAGCACCAGUUGUUACGGACGUUCUCCGUAACGAGGCCGGAUGGCUAACUUCUCGGAGA